UAAUCGUAAAUUUGUAUGUAUGAUCGUUUUUUUGUACCUUAUAUUGUGCAUUGCAUUUCACAUAUUAAAGACAAGCAGCUACUGUGUGAAAAACAUGUAAGAAAAUUGUGCCGGCAAAUUGUGUUCGAAAUAUCUUUGUUUUAUAGUCUUUGGUCGUGUUGCGCAUAGCGUAUUGCGCAUAGUGUAGUCUGUGUAGUCUUCCAACAUUGCCUCAAAUUUCUUGCCGGAGUGGGUCAGGCAGGCUAAGAGAGUGUGGUUCUGAUAGUGUAUAAAUUGUGGUGAAAUAGAAAGUAUCUAAUACAGCAUGGCAGACGAAUCAAUUCAGAAUGGAACAAACGGAGGAGAUGUGCCGGAGAUCGAGCUUAUAAUAAAGGCUUCCACAAUUGAUGGGCGCAGGAAAGGAGCAUGCCUUUUUUGCCAGGAGUAUUUCAUGGACCUGUAUCUGCUGGCUGAACUGAAAACCAUCAGCCUUAAAGUGACAACAGUCGACAUGCAGAAACCACCACCUGAUUUUCGAACAAACUUCGAAGCAACACCUCCACCCAUUCUCAUUGACAAUGGGCUUGCAGUGCUGGAGAACGAGAAGAUAGAGCGGCACAUCAUGAAGAAUGUUCCAGGUGGUCACAACCUGUUUGUGCAAGAUAAGGAAGUUGCCACUCUUGUUGAGAAUCUGUACAGCAAACUGAAGCUCAUGUUGCUUAAGAAAGAUGAUACAAAAACUAACAGUCUGAUGUCACACCUGCGUAAGAUUAAUGAGCACCUCGGACGAAAGGGCACACGUUUCCUCACGGGAGACACCAUGUGCUGCUUUGACUGUGAGCUGAUGCCACGCCUCCAGCACAUUCGAGUGGCAGGGAAGUAUUUCCUAGACUUUGAUAUCCCUGUGGAGUUGGCACAUCUGUGGCGCUACAUGUACCAUAUGUACCAGCUGGAUGCUUUUACCCAGAGCUGCCCAGCUGACCAGGACAUCAUCAACCAUUACAAGCUGCAGCAGGUGGGGGGAAUGAAAAUGAAGAAACAUGAAGAGCUGGAGACACCAACAUUCACCACAUCAAUUCCAGUAUCUAUUGCAACUGAAGACUAAAUCCAGUCUAUUGAUUUAGCCUUUCCAUUUGCAUCGCGCCACUGUCAUAUUGGAAGUAUACAAUGCCAGCUCUUUGUAACUGUUGAUAUGCUGUGCGAUUGAUUGAUCAGUGCGAAACGUGCGGAAGUCCUUUCUUACAGGUAGAUUCAUGGACCUCAGAAUGACACAUACAUAACAUAAUAAAAUUAUGUUGGAAAGGAAAUUAAAUCAUAGACUGAGAAUGACAACAUCUCUACCAGCAAGAAAAAGAUUAUUUCAGAACCAUGCAUCUUUUAUGUAAGAGGUCUUACUUUAUGCUUCCUCGUGCAUUUGUUUGAAUUUGACUGCCACAGAGAAGAAAACCGUGCCAUGCCUUCAUCUUGAGAUGAGUGGUUUUGAAAUCAUCGUAUAAAAAUUGAAUAAUUUUGUAAAGAGGAAAGAAAGAGUAGUUGUUAGCCAACAAAGACUUCUAAAACCUAAAUUGAUUUUGUAAGAGGGGAUGUGUGUGCAAAAUGAGAUUGUUGGAAAGCUUUGUUGAACAUGUUCAUUACUUGUUUUCUCUAUGGACCAUAGCAUAUCAUUCUAAAUCUUGAUUCAUGACCCAUAAGCACAGGCUUGCUCAUAAUGUGUCAAGAUUUAGAAGUGACAGUCCAGUUGAUGUCAAUUAACUGUUGCAUUUAGCUUAAUGAGAGAGAGUGAUUUAUUGAGAUGACUGGAGCUUUAUGUUGAACUGUUAAUGACUAACUAUUAGUACUUAGUUCCACAAGAAAGGAACAUGCUGUGUUACAGGUAAUGGCCAUAUUGAAAAUUGCAGUAAUUUCAAUGGCUGUUCACCUCAUUGUUUCAAGAGAGGCUGUUCUCAGAGAGAAACCUAGUUAAUUGUAAUUUGGGAUUCUGUACAUGCCAGGUACCACUUCAUUUCUCUUGUCUCGGAAGGAUAUUCAACUGGAGGAUAAACAUCCAUGUAUGCUUCUGUACCGUGUGUCUGUUUUCAGAAAUGUUAUUGCCACAUAUAUAGUUUGUAAGGUAAUCCGUUAUUUCAGACAGGUGUUUAAAUAUUGUUCAAAUAAGAAUUGUGUGUUAAGUUUCUGAGGUGUUUCUGGCAGUAAUUGUACCGAGAGUGGUCUUGAUUAUGACACCAUGUUGUCAUGUGAUUGGAUACCAGCAUGUUUGUCCAAGACACAGGUGUUGCAUCCCAGAAGACCUCUAUGCAGGAUGUGACUUCUGUCUCAUCUGUUGGAAUGCACUUCUGUGACAAAAUUUGAUUGCUGUUAACCUUUAAAGUCUGGAUUUUUAAAUUGUCGAGAGCCGGCUGCAGCCAGAAUUUAAAUGACCCUGAGUCUUUAAAGUUGCAGACUUUCAGAAGAAACUACAUAUUUUCCAUUCUAUGCAAUAUAGAAAUACAAA